AUGGAAACAUUUUUGGAGAACGCAUUUAUUUUGUUCGGCAUAUUUACUAUCUGUAAAAUUUUUCUACAAAUAACGAAGUGCCUGAAGUAUUUGAUACUGACGAAAUGGGUUGGAGUGCCGAAUUCCUUCUUCCAAUCUUUGGGCGAAUGGGCAGUCAUCACUGGUGGAACAGAUGGCAUUGGAAAAGCAUAUGCACAUGAGUUUGCCAAGCGUGGUCUAAAUAUUGUACUUAUUAGCAGAACUAAGGAAAAGCUAAUAAAAGUUGCAAAUGAAAUUGAACAAGCAUCUGGAAGAAAAGUGAAGACAAUUCAGGUUAACUUUAUUAAAAGGGAUAUUUACCAGCACAUCAAAGAAAAUCUGAGAGGACUUGAAAUUGGGGUCCUGGUGAACAAUGUUGGAAUGAUGCAGGAACCAAAUCCCUGUAGGUUUCUUGAAAUGUACGACAUAGAUAAGACUCUCGAUGAUAUCAUCAAUGUUAAUGUGAUAUCUGUUGCCAAGAUGACCCAGCUUGUCCUUCCAAAGAUGAAAGAGAGACAGAAGGGCCUGAUCCUGAACAUUUCAUCUGGUGUGGCUAAUGCUCCAUGUCCACUGUAUGGUUUGUACUCUUCUACGAAGAUCUUUAUGGAAAGAUUCUCCAGAGGAUGUCAAGCAGAAUACGGCUCAAAGGGAAUCAUCAUACAGUGUUUAAUGCCCUAUGCUGUUGCUUCUGCCAUGUCACAAGUUAAACCUGGAAUUCUCGCAAAAUCAGCAAAAGAAUUUGUAAGAAACUCAUUGGAUUGCACAUUUCUUGGAGACCAAAGCCACGGCUGUCUGUCACAUGAGAUAAUGGCCUAUGUUAAUGGCAAAAUACCACACUGGAUUAUUUACAAUGAUGCGUUCCUGGAUAAAAUAAGGGACUACCUGCAGAAUCACGCCAGAGAUUACAGGAAUUCUCAACCCUAG